AUGAAGGUUGGCGCGCUGCACGCCUACGCGGAGAGGUGGCUCGGCCGCGAGGCCGACGGCACCUCCCCCAUGGCCGCCUACAUGGGUGACAGGAUCGACCACUACCAGAUGAUGUUCGCCCAGGAGAUGGCGCACACCGACGAGACUCGCGCGGCGGCCCUGCCCGACCGCCGGCCUUGCGUGCCGCUCAAGAACCCCAAGUGCUGGAGGAGAAUGUCGAAGUUGUUGAUCUGA